UGAUGUGUUUUGUGGCGAACAGGACAGAGCUUGUCAUGAGGGCGGCUUGUGUGAUCAUCCUGGCGUCUCUGACGGUGUUCAUGUCACCCGGGCUCCAGUGUCAGCCUCUGGCGGGUGAGGGUGACCCGUCUCUGGAUGAGCUGUUCCAGCGCGCGGAGAGUCUGCUGAUCCGCUCCAUUCUCACACAGACGGAGGACGAGAACCACGGCGACGGAGAGCAGACGGAGUGGCUGGAGAAGAGACAGCACCCGGGCAAGAGACAGCACCCCGGAAAGCGCGAGGACGCCGACUACGAAGACGAGGCUUCCGCCCUCCAGAAGCGCCAGCACCCCGGGAAGCGCGAGGAGGAGGACAGCGCGAGGCUGAGGAGGCAGCACCCCGGGAAGCGUCUGUCUCUGGAGCACAUGAUGCUGGAGGAGCCCACCGCGCAGAGCGAGCUGGCCAAGCGCCAGCACCCCGGGAGACGCUACCUGAUGCUGCUCCACAAGCGCCAGCAUCCCGGCCGGCGCGAGCUGCACGAGGCAGCGGGAGACUUAUCGGACCUAGCCAAACGCCAGCAUCCCGGGAAGAGACUGUGUGAGGACUGGGACGUGACCGGCUGCGAUCAAGCCAGCAUCCUGCUCGAGCUCCUGGACAACGUCACCAAAAGUCGCGCAGAGGAGAAGAGACAGCAUCCCGGGAAACGCUUUGCGCUGGAGGACGAGCUCACGGAACAAGAGUCACUGUAAGGGAGACAACGAAAGCCUUUACCGAAUUGUCCGAGUUGUUAAAAAGGACAAAUAAGUACGUGUUCAUUGUUUUCCACAGCUUCCGAUUCACGGAAUACGCGCGUACACUUUACUUUAAGGUGUCUUUGUUACAAUGUAAUUGUACAUGACCAUGCAGCGGGUCAAGUGCAGAGUAGGUCAUAUUAAUUAAGGGUUACUUGCAUGCAGUUAUGCAUAAUUAAUUGUUAUUAUAAUAGUGAGUAGCUACAUGUAACAUCUAACAAGGACACCUUAAAAUAAAGUGAUACCGAAAACGCACCUGUCUCCAUGUGUUUUACUGGUCGCUUUCUCGUUACUCGUUUCGUUCAAACAAAAGAGGGGGUUUUCCAAGCGAAAAUACAAAAACUCAGUUAAUUGUCGUUUUUCGUUUGUACACACUUUAACCCGUUCCCCGUUCCGCAGCGAGACUCGGGUUCUGUUGCGCGCACAAACCCUGCUGUCUCGAAGCAAACGUCCCUUAACUGGCCGAAGCUGACGUACUCCACGUGCGCUCGGGCUGUUUCGGGACACAUUUCAUCACUAAUGCAUGAAAACAUCGCCCGCCAGAUCCCCGGGCCCCGUCUCGCGCAAGUGUCCCGUGGAAAUCUCCUUUGGUUUGGUUCACUAAACUAAUAAACGGGUUGCCGAAAUAUUUUUCUACAGUAAUUCUUGCAUGACUUGACCUGUACAUUUUCAUGAUUUAUUUAUCUUUUGUUCUAUUGAUAAAGAGCAUAAAAAUGACUAUAAUGUUGUACAAUAAAAUGCUUUCGAUGCGAA